UCUAUGUUUGGUCGAAUAGGUACCGUUACUGCAACAUUUGCCUUCAACGUACGCGCGAUCUAACUCUGCAAUUCUCUCUCUCUCUCUGUGCUUGCCGGAAAAUUAACCUAUAUGGCCGACGAAGAGGCUGGAGUAGACGGCAGUCGGCGAGUUCCCAACCUACCGGUUCCGGGGAAGAGAAACGUACUCAUCACCAGCGCUUUACCUUACGUGAACAACGUCCCUCAUCUCGGAAACAUCAUUGGCUGUGUUCUAAGUGCUGAUGCAUUCACUCGCUAUUGUCGUCUGCGUGGCUACAAUGUUUUGUACAUAUGUGGGACUGAUGAGUAUGGGACAGCAACAGAGACAAAGGCCAGGGAGGAGAACUGCACUCCUCAGGAGAUAUGUGACAAAUACCAUGAAAUACAUAAAGGCGUCUAUAAAUGGUUCAACAUCUGUUUUGAUGAAUUUGGACGAACAUCAACACCCCAGCAAACUGAGAUUUGCCAAGCAAUUUUCAAGAAGUUGCUAGACAAUAACUGGCUUUCUGAAAACACAGUGCAACAGCUUUACUGCAAUGUUUGCGAGCGUUUCUUAGCUGAUCGGCUUGUGGAGGGAACCUGCCCAUCACUAGGCUGUAAUUAUGACUAUGCACGCGGAGACCAGUGUGAAAAAUGCGGGAAGUUGUUGAAUCCAACAGAAUUAAAAGAUCCUAGAUGCAAGGUAUGUCAGUCAAUUCCACAAGUUCGUGACACAGGGCACUUGUUCCUAGAGCUCCCAUUGCUGAAAGAUAAAUUGGAAGAAUACAUCAAUAAAAUGUCUGCUGAAGGAUCUUGGAGCCAGAAUGCCAUUCAAACAACAUAUGCUUGGCUUAAAGAAGGAUUGAAGCCCCGUUGUAUUACCAGAGAUCUUAAAUGGGGGGUUCCUGUUCCACAUGAAAAAUUUAAGGAUAAGGUUUUCUAUGUUUGGUUUGAUGCGCCCAUUGGAUAUAUAUCUAUUACUUCAUGCUACACACCUGAGUGGGAGAAGUGGUGGAAGAACCCUGAAAAUGUGGAUCUAUAUCAGUUCAUGGGGAAGGAUAACAUUCCAUUCCAUACUGUAAUGUUUCCUUCUACACUUCUUGGCACGGGAGAAAAUUGGACACUGAUGAAGAGCAUUAGUGUGACAGAGUAUUUGAAUUAUGAAAAAGGAAAGUUCUCCAAGAGUAAAGGAGUGGGAGUUUUUGGCAAUGAUGCAAAAGAUACAAACAUUCCAGCUGAUGUGUGGAGAUAUUACUUGCUAACCAACAGGCCUGAGGUAUCAGACACAUUGUUUACUUGGGUAGACUUGCAAGCAAAACUGAAUACUGAGUUGCUGAAUAAUUUGGGCAAUUUUAUUAAUCGGGUCCUCAGUUUCAUUGCCAAACCUCCAGGACUAGGUUAUGGAUCUAUCAUUCCUGACACCCCAGGUUCAGAAUCACAUUUGCUGACAAAUAUAUUGGCUGCUAAAAUCAGUGAAUUUGUGCAGCAAUAUGUAGAUGCCAUGGAGAAGGUUAAACUGAAGCAAGGACUGAAAAUUGCAAUGAGCAUUUCUAGCGAGGGGAAUGCAUAUUUACAGGAGAGCAAAUUCUGGGUACUCUACAAGCAAGAUAGAGCUUCAUGCUCUGUCGUGAUAAGAACUUCAGCCGGGCUGGUUUACCUACUCGCAUGCUUGUUGGAGCCUUUCAUGCCAUCAUUGUAUCUUGAGGUACUAAAGCAGCUUAAUCUCCCCCCUGAAACUCAACCUUUGCUGUUUGAUGAAAAGGGAGACUGUGAGAAGGCAACAAAGCCUUGGGAGUUCUUACCUGCCGGUCACAGAAUCGGCACUCCUUCCCCAUUAUUUAAAGAACUGAGAGACGAGGAUGUCAACUUCUUGAGAGAAAAGUUCUCUGGUAGUCAAGCUGAUAGGGAGGCAUCAUCAGGAUGACUCAUGAGGUUGCAGCAGGAGAUUCCAGAAUUAGGUUUUUCCUGUAUAUCUAUCUCCUAUGAGUGUAUUGUCGAGACACUGUAAGAUGACAAACAUACAAACUGAUGGAUCUGUUCUACUUUGUAACUAUUAGAUUACUAUUUGAGAGAAUAAAUGAAUGUAGUGUAAGUGGUCAUUUAAUUUUAA